ACCAUUCAGUUGUAUUUACAUAUUGUCCAAGUGAAUCCAAUAAAAUGUUUUUGUUCUUACUGAUUUCAAUUUUCAUUCUUUUCCUCUGUAUCCAACAUUUUAUAGUUCGCAGGCGCAGAAGGGAAAAGGGAAAUAAAGAUUUUAGUUCGAAACCGUUCUCCAGUAUGCCAGGACCACCCUCAUAUCCGAUCAUUGGAACCCUACCUCUCUAUAUAUAUUACAAAAAGUAUUCGCUUAACAGAUUGCAUUGGAAUGGAAGAUCAAAGGAAUAUCAUUGGACAGUGUUUAACAAGGAGGGGAAAUACCCAAGCCGCAGAAGUCACACUGCUCUUGCGUAUUACAGGAGUUCUAGACCUCAGAAAUAUUCAACAACAGGUCUGUUGCCCACAAAUGGAGCAGAAUGGAGACGGGUUAGAACCCUGCUUCAAAAACCUGCAAACAGAACCUCCAUUUCUGGUCUUAUCUCCAGCCUGAACCUAGUGGCUGAGGAAUUUGUAGAGUAUAUGGACCGCCAUUUUAUAUGUGUGAACAAAGACGACUUUUUGGAUCAUCUAAACCGGGUCUUCUUGGAGAUGACAGGAGUAGUUACAUUUGAUACAAGGUUGAAUAGUUUACAGAAUCCUCUUCAAAGAAUCCUCUAUUCCAAAACUGAAUCCUCUAUUCCAUACAGAUUGAUAAAGGCUGCAGAGGAAACAAAUGAUAAGAUUCUUGAAACUGACAACAAUCUUCCAACCUGGAAAAUAUGGGAAACCAAACCAUUCAAAAUGAUCCGAGAAAGCCAGGAGUAUAUAGAAAAAAUAUCUAGUCAACUAAUUCAAGACAAAAAGUCCCAGCAUAUGCAGGAAGACUGCCCAAGAACUUUACUGGAUCAUUGGUUAUCCUCGACUGGUUUAAAUGACAAGGAUAUAAUGACGGGAGCGGCAGAGUUCCUCCUUGCAGGGAUUCAUACCAGCUCCUAUACCUUCUCCUUCCUUCUCUACCACCUAGCUAACAAUAUACAGGCUCAGGAAAGAUUAAGAAAUGAAUGCUUGGAAUUAAAAUCUGAAUUCGGAGAAAUAUCACGAGAAUAUCUUCACAGAGCUGUUUACGCCAAGGCCUGCUUAAAGGAAUCUUUACGACUGAACCCAGUAUCGGUUGGUGUUGGACGUAUUCUCCCAGAGGAUACUGUUCUAGGUGGGUAUCUGGUUCCUAAGGGAACCCUUGCAGUCACGCAGAACCAGGUUAUUUGUCGAUUUGCGGAAUUUUUUGAACAACCAAACUCAUUUAUACCAGAGAGAUGGAUUGAAGGCGAGAUAAUGCACAAGGAAGUAGAUCCCUUCAUUUCCAUUCCGUUUGGAUAUGGAAUCCGACAGUGCAUUGGUAAAAAUAUUGCCGAGAUCUCCCUCCAGGUUCUACUCAUGAACAUGGUCUCCAGGUUCUCCUGGAGCUGGGCUGGAACCAAGGACCUGGAUACUGUCUCAUUGCUGAUAAACAAACCUGAUCAACCAAUCAGGCUAAAGUUCAAGAAAAUAGAUUAACUAGAUACAAUCUGGAUAGAUUAUAAAUAGGAACAUGAUGCUUUACCAGACGACUUACGUCAAAGGACUAUUUGCUCUACUCGGUUGAUAUCUAUUUAUUUAGUAAAUUUGUUUACAUCCAGUGGUUGCAAUAAAAAAUAAAUUGA